AUGGAGAAGAAGUUUCCUAGUGACAUAAUGCUAGAUAUAGUAUCUCCCUUACGGCACGAAACCAUAAUACAUUGCAAACUAGUUUGCAAACCCUGGCGAGAUAUACUAAACAAUAUCAAGGUAGGUGUCCUUUUUAGGUUUGGGAAACCUGCUUUCAAUUUCUGUUAUAGAGGAGAGCAAUACGAUGAUAUUGAUAUGCAUGAGAAUUACUCUUACACGACACUGGUGGAAAUCGAUAAGCAUCGGCCUGUCGAGCUAGAACCCUUGUCUGACAUGGUUGGUUCAUGUAAUGGUUUGGUUUGUUUUUCUGUAAGGCGCAAGUUCACUGUUGCGUAUGAUCCCAUCUACAUCUGUAAUCCCGUCACAGAGGAAUAUGUAUAUCUUCCAACAUUCAACUAUGAUGAACCAUAUGAUGAUCUCCGGGUAGCUGGUUCUUUUGAUUGUGGUUUUGGUUAUCAUCGUUUCAUGGAUGAGUACAAAGUCGUUAGAAUCCACGGGGCUCUGAGAGAUUUUAGUAAACGCUCGCAGAGCCGGAAAGUUGAAGUAUACACUUUGGGUAGUGGUCAUGGGUGGAGAGAUAAAGGAAGCAUCGAUCACUUAUUAGUUUGGGACCAUGGAGUUUGUGCAAAUGGAGCCAUUCAUUGGGUAGAGUAUCGGAAAAAUAAAAUUGUGGCUUUCGAUUGUAGCAAAUGA